CAGCAGCAGACAUGAGCAGUUGAUCACAGAUGUGUGUGUGUGUGUGUAUUACACAAACACGCUUGUGUCCUGCUGCCUUCUCUCAGUGUUGUGCAUCAGUAAUAAAUCAAAGCUCGCCUUCCGUCCGAGUGCUGCAUCAGACUCUGUGUGUGUCUGUGUGUGUUUGUGCUCUGAAUGGAUACACAGCUUGUCGACAUUAACAGCGUCUCUGUGCAUAGAGGUGAUUAUGCCUCUGACAGCUUUGUUCCUUCACACUUUCACUUGGGCCUGUGCAGCCGCAAUUGAACCCAGGCCCAAAAUUGAUGGACAGCAGACCUCUUCAAUAACUUUACAGGAGAAUGUUACUCAUCGCUUUAACUGCCAAUCAGAGGGAUGGAAUCCACAAGCCCCUCCCCUGCUCUCCUGGUACCUGAAUGGGGAGAGGCAGAGCGAGGUUACUGGCAGCAGGGGGGUGGGGCGUCUGGUCAUGACAUCAUCAGAUGAUGCUGGAGAGCUAAAGUAUGGAUCUGAGAGGAACAGCACAUUCACACUUAGACCCAAACGCUGGGACAGAGAGCUGAUGUGUUCAGCCCAAAACCCCUUGGGCGGAACGAGCUACAAUGCAACUGUCACACUCAAUGUACAGUUCCAACCAGAGAUUCUGAAGGUUGAUGCUCACUACAGCGAGACCUCGGACCCCGGCCUUUCCCUCAUUUUGUUUGCUUUGGUGCGAUCCAAUCCACCUGCUACUAUCAGCUGGGUGGAUCAGUCCGGUCAUAUGGUGGCCAACACCUCAGACUUUCUCAUCCUGGACUCGCGGAGCUACCCGUGGCUAGCCAAUCACAGUCUACAUGUCACUCUGAGUAGCCUAUCAAGGAACAUCUCCAUUAAUGCCAACAACAGCCUUGGCUCCGCCCACACUAACUUGACUCUUACACAAUUCUUGCAGUCACGGGUGGAGGUGCCAAUGUUUGGAAUAGUAACAGGUGGAGCUCUUGGAUUCGUUACCCUUCUCAUCCUCACGCUAAUGGUCUUCUUCCUCUUACAGAAAGACAAAACCAAAGCAAUCGAGGAUCCAAUCGCUCUGCAUCUUUCCUCCAAAUGCAGUAGUGAUGUACUGAAGGUUCAGGUGCAUGGGAUGUAUCUCCCAAGAGAGAAUAUGUCACUCCCAUCACAUGUGCAGUUGAAUGAUGAUCGUGCGCUCUGUAAGGGACAACAGAACUCCAAACAGAACACACUGGAGAGGAGACGGGUAGAUGAGGAAGAGGAAGAUCUGUCUACAGCAUACGCUGCCAGAGGUCAGAGGUCAUGACCUGGUUUGCUAGAUAUCCAAUGGUGGGUUACAUCUAUAAAGUGAGCAGCACCAGUAGUGAUGAAAUCUGGCUCUGAUGAUCAUUCACGCUGACUGUUUCGUUGACAUCAUUCAUGCUGACUGAUUCAGCGACAUCAUUCACACUGACUGUUUCAAUGACAUCAUUUACGCUGACUGAUUCGAUGCAAUCAUUCACACUGACCGAUUCGAUGACAUCAUUCACGCUGACAGAUUCGAUGACAUCAUUCACACUGACCGAUUCGAUGACAUCAUUCACGCUGACAGAUUCGAUGACAUCAUUCACGCUGACAGAUUCGAUGACAUCAUUCACGCUGACCGAUUCGAUGACAUCAUUCACGCUGACCGAUUCGAUGACAUCAUUCACGCUGACCGAUUCGAUGACAUCAUUCACGCUGACCGAUUCGAUGACAUCAUUCACGCUGAC